AUGUCGAUCCCCUCUACCCGCACGGUGCGGCAAAUGAGAAGGAAAUUCAACGCCGUCAUCAAUGAAGCCAUUAGAGAAGAGGUCAAUAAGCUGCUCGCGAAUGGUUCGGUCCGGGAAUCAAAAUAUCCUCAGUGGGUCGCCAAUGUGGUCAUGGUACAAAAGAAGAAUAGAAAGUGGCGGAUGUGUGUAGAUUUCACGGAUCUGAACAAGGCAUGUCCGAAAGAUUCUUUCCCACUGCCACACAUCGAUCAGCUCAUCGACGCAACAGCAGGGCACGAGUUGUUGAGCUUCUUAGAUUCCUAUUCGGGUUACAAUCAGAUCCUUAUGGAAGAAGAAGAUAAGGAGAAAAUCACUUUCAUCACUCACCAGAGAACAUACUGCUAUAAAGUGAUGUCGUUUGGGCUAAAGAAUGCGGGGGCGACAUAUCACAGAUUGGUCACCAAAAUGUUCAAAAACCAACUCGGUAGAACAAUAGAAGUAUACAUCGACGACAUGUUGGUUAAGUCAAAAAGAAAAGAGGAUCAUAUCUAUCAUCUGAAGGAAGCCUUCGAUAUACUAAGACGGUACGACAUGAAACUGAACCCCAAAAAAUGCACCUUCGGUGUAAGUUCGAGUAAGUUCCUUGGUUUCCUGGUAUCUCAAAGAGGCACCGAUAUCAACCCAGAACAGAUUAAGGCAAUCGAAGGAAUACCCGAAAUGCUGACCAGCAAAAAGUAG